CCAAUGCAACAAUGGAGGCUGCCAUUUGCAUCCCUCUCAGAAGCCCAACAGAACAGAAACAGAGGAUGGAGAGGAAAGCGUUGAUGAAAAUCUGAGAUGAGCUGCCACUAUAAAUAAGGAAUCACAUCCCCAUGUGAAUCUCUCCUCUUCUGUCCACUCCCAAGUGGACUGAAUUUGGGAUUCUCUCCGAUCUUGACUCUAACUCGUCAAUGGCGUCCAAGUUCUCCUUCUCGCUCUCCACGGGAAGAUCGCCGCCGCCCCGCAGUCCCCAGCUCAGGCAUUCACAUCCAUUUUCCCGCCAGAACCUCAACCUCCCUACGGCACUGGCAGUCAGUCCGCUCCCGCCAGGCUCCCGACUCACCGCAUCUCACCAUUGCAACCGAAGCAACCAGAGCCAAAAGUUGCGAUCUCCUCAUCCUCAGACUCCUCAAAGCUCCGUAUCGACUCGAUCAGUCGCCGUCAAGUCUUACCUGAAUGCCAACCCCCCUCUAGUCUCCGCGCAUGAUCAAUGGGGCAUUUGGACCGCUCUCUUCGCCACCGGCGCUUUCGGAAUCUGGUCGGAGAAGACGAAGAUCGGAAGCACGUUGAGCGGCGCUCUAGUGAGCAUUUUAGUUGGAUUAGCGGCCAGCAAUUUGGGAAUCAUUCCAAGUAAUGCUCAGGCUUACUCAGUCGUGUUGAACUUCCUUCUUCCUCUCGCGGUGCCCUUACUGUUGUUCAGAGCAGACUUGCGUCGUAUUAUAAAGUCUACUGGGGUGCUUCUUUUGGCCUUUUUGCUUGGAUCAGUCGCAACCACUAUUGGGACUGUGGUAGCAUAUCUUUUGGUGCCAAUGAGAUCUCUGGGGCAAGAUAGCUGGAAGAUUGCUGCUGCACUUAUGGGGAGGCAUAUUGGUGGAGCUGUCAACUAUGUUGCAAUUGCCGAUGCUCUGCGUAUGUCACCUUCCGUUUUAGCCGCUGGACUAGCAGCAGAUAAUGUAAUCUGUGCUGUAUAUUUCACAACAUUGUUUGCACUGGGUUCUAAAAUACCUCCUGAGUCUUCCACAUCGACCAGUGAUGGAACUCUCGACUCAGAACCUGGAAACAGCAGCAAGCUUCCUGUGCUUCAGAGUGCUACAGCCAUUGCUGUAUCCCUUGCUAUAUGCAAGGCUGGCGCUUUCCUCGCAAAAUAUUUUGGAAUUGAAGGUGGGACUCUGCCUGCUAUAACUGCACUCGUGGUGAUCUUAGCAACUCUUUUCCCAGAACAGUUUAAUCACCUUGCACCCUCCGGGGACGCUAUGGCCCUCAUACUUAUGCAGGUAUUUUUCGCUGUAAUUGGUGCGAGUGGCAAUGUGUGGAGUGUCAUAAAUACAGCUCCAAGCAUAUUUGCCUUUGCUUUCAUCCAAAUCGCUGUCCACCUUGCAGUGAUCAUCGGCUUGGGAAAGUUGUUUCGGUUUGACAUGAAGCUUCUUCUUAUCGCUUCGAAUGCUAAUGUUGGGGGCCCGACAACAGCUUGUGGGAUGGCAACUGCAAAGGGAUGGAGCUCCCUUAUUGUUCCCGGAAUCCUUGCUGGGAUAUUUGGAAUUGCCAUAGCCACGUUUCUUGGAUAUGGCUUUGGCGACAAGGUCCUGAGGUACAUGUAAACUUGUGGAUUUUCCACAUCGAGUACCAGUAGCAAGUUCAGAAUUCUAGCAUUUGUUAGCACAUACAUAUCAUAGGAACGGGCAAGUUGUUUCAGUUCGACAUGAAGCAUGUACUUUGCUUCAAAUGCUAAUCGUGAAGCUCCUUUAUUGUUCCUGAAAUUCUUGCAGGUAUAUAUUUGGAAUUGCCAUA